AUGAUGGACCCAGACGCUCCGAGCGCCGCACACCCGGAACCGGUGCCGGGGGGCGAGUCCGCGGCAGCGAAGAAGAAGCGCAAGAAGAAGAAGAAGAAGAAAAAGGCGAAUGCUGCCGCGGAGGGCGACAUGGCCGGCAGCGGCGCGGUGCCCACGUCUGCAACCAACCAAGCAGCUGAAGGCAGCGAGGAGGAGGACGACGCCCCUGACAGCAAGGGGAGCGGAGUUGGUUCCCACGCGGCCACGCGGCCCGCCCUGAAGCUCACGCCAGCCCUGCGCGCCGACGUUGCGCCCACGGACGACGACCGAGACGAACCGAUGGUCGAGCUGCUCACCACGCCCUCGCAGGCCGAGCUCGACAAGCGCUUCGAGAAGGAGCUCGCGUCGCGCGUGCCGCGGAAAAUGGUCGCCCUCAGCAUCGACGACCCCACGCACGACCGCAACGGUGGGAGCCGCGCGGAGCCCCCCGAGGCCCAACUGCUCCCGACGCCGUCCGCCAAGGAAGUCGACAACAUCUUCAGCCGCGAACUCGGCCACGCCGCGGCCGACAAGUCGCCCAAGCCGCGCAAGGCCAUCGCGCCGCUGUCCCUCGCGGCCUCCGCGGCGCCCCCGCAGGACGAGCCCGAGGUGCCGCGGCUCCUGACGCCCAGCGCGCAGCAGGUCGACUCCAUCUUCGCGCGCGAGCUCGCGAGCCAGUGCGAGGAGCCCGCCGCCGCGCCGCCGCGCGUCCGGCCCUCCCUGCGCAUCGCGUCGCCGUCGGACAGGAAGGGCGAGACCGCGGAGCCGGACGUGGCUCUCCUGGCGACGCCCAGCGCCAAGGAAGUGGACUCGAUCUUCGCGCGGGAGCUCGCGACGCAGUCGAACGACCGCGCACCGCCCGGCCGCCGAACGCCCCCGCCGCUGUCGGUGGCGCCGGCCGGCGAGAGGGGCGCGCCGGGGCCGUCCGGGGCCGCGCCGGAGCCGCUGCCGACGCCGUCGCGCAGGGAGGUGGAGGAACGGCUCGCGCGGGAGCUCGAGCGGCUGGACUCGAGCGGCGGCGGGCCCGGCGGGGGCUCAGCGGUAGCGACCCCGCCGUCUGCGCGGCCAGUGUCGGCGCCGUCGCACAGGCCGGGGAAGCCGCUGUCGGCGCCGCCGUCCGCGCACCCGGUGGCGCCCGACGAGGUGCCGCGGCCGGGCGUGACGCACGCGUACACGACGCUGGUGUUCGGCGCGGACUACCCCGACGGCGUUGACGUGGCGGCGCGGGAGUCGUACCUCGCGGACGACGAGUUCGAGGCCGUGCUGGGGAUGCCGAAGGAGCUGUUCUACGGCAUGAAGAGGUGGCGGCAGAUAGAGGCGAAGAAGGCGGUGGGGCUCUUUUGA